AUGGCUGGAUCUCGACGCCGCCCUUUCCGCACCCGUGGGAGCUGGAUCCAGCGGGUUAGGCGCUCCACGCAUCGAGGUGCGAAGCUGGCCAGCAACAACAGCGAGGGGAGCCCCAAGCGCCCAGUUAAGGUGUUGGUCGUCGAUGCCAAUGCGGGCGGCGGCGCUGAUGGGAGCCCCAUGUGCGUCCCUGUGUUUGGGGGCGACGAUGGAAUCCCAAGAUCCAUCGACAAGAUUGGGGAAGGCGAUGUCCCCAACAUGUGCGACGGGAUUGGGGAAGGCGGCGCGAGCUCCGUGCCUGUCCUCAAGAUGUGCAACGAGAUUGGGGAAGGCGGCACGAGAUCCGUGCCUAUCCCCAAGAUGUGCGACGGUGGUACAAGACAGAAGGAACCCGUGAAGCUGGGGCCAAUGGCGGUGACGGGAGCCCAGAGCACGUCCUCAAUAUUGGGCGUAGUCGCCAUCGCAUCGAUCACCUUGGCCAGUUGUAUGUCCUUGACUCCGAAGAUGAAGGCAUCGGCAUGGAGGCAGGACUUUAUGUCCCUGAUUUGGAGGAGGAAGAUGGACAUGGUCAUGGCAGGUGAUGUUGAUGGGCGCUACAACUGUGGACGUGCAGUGGUGGCAUCUAUAGCCAGCAACAAGUCCGAGAAGAUGACCAUGGCCACAAAUCCGGUCAUCAAGGCUGCCUUGGUCCAGGCUGCUGUGGACGUCCCUAUGGGGGAUGUCGCCACCGCUGCUAACGAACUACACCUAGAGAUGGUUCAACACUUGAAGGUCAUGUGUGAUGAUGAAAUGAUAUGUACGUAUGCUGGUGUGCAUGGUUUGGUUUGA